AUGUCACUUGGGCUGGGCCCUGGGAAUCUCACCGCCUUGGUUCCCUCCCCCAUUCUGCCCGUAUAUUUCCCCGCAAGUUGGGCAUGUCUUUACUUCCCCACGCUCACCAUGCCGCUGGAUACGAUAUAUCUUACUCGCCAUGGGCAUCGGCUCAACUGGACGAUUGAUGUGCGCACCGGCACCUACAAGUCCCAAUUCCCGACUCCAACGGGCAAUCCAGCAGAUCCAGCGCUGACAUCGCACGGUGUGCGUCAGUCACAUGAGCUGGGUGUACAUAUUGCCGGGCCAGACUUCCACCCAAAGCCCUUUCGAGUCUACUCGAGUCCUUUCUACCGAUGUCUUCAGACCAUUCAGCCGUCCGUAGAGGCACUCAAGAAGAUACACCAAGAGUCAAAGGCUACCGGUAGCAAUGCAGCUCUUGCUGGUGGAAUUGACCCAGCUGCCGAUCUCGAUGUGAGAAUUGAGAACGGUCUAGGUGAAUGGUUCGGUCCAACAACCUUCUUCGACCACCCUUCUCACCCCACCGCAAGCACUGUGCAUGAACACUUCCCAUCUAUUGUCCCACCUUCCCCGGAGACCAAGUAUACACCACUUCUGCAUCCCUCUACCCGCGGCGAGACCAUUGCCCAACUACACGACCGUGUAGCCGCAGCCCUGGAAGGUAUCAUCGCCGACGUGGAUGCAGAAAUUACUGCUUUAGAGGCUACUCUUCCCGCCGAGCAGCGCACUGUCAAAUCCAUUUUGAUCUGCGCACAUGCCGCGCCUCUUAUUGCGAUGGGCCGUGUUUUGACAGGACGGAUGCCCGAAGAUAGUUCUGAGGAGGACUUCUAUGUGUUCACCGCUGGAAUGAGCACUUUCAAGCGGAGAGAGUCUAGGGAGAGGGAUGAGAGUCGUCCCCGGGCUUUAUUGGCUGAGGGCACCAAGUUUGUUCGUUCUCGGGGUGUGCCGGCCUGGGAAGGUGGUCGGGGUGUUGGGGGUGGAUGGGAUUGUGUGAAGAAUGGAGAUUGCACUUUCUUGAGUGAUGGUGCUGAGCGUGGAUGGCAUUUCAAUGGCGAAGAGUCCUUCGAUACCGGUCCCAUGGCUCCGUCUUCUGAGCCGCCUGUUAUUGCGGAAUCAUCUGUUUCGGAGGGAGGUAGAACUGGAACCAAGUUGUGA